GCGGAGACCUACUGCGAGUAUUCAUGAUGGAUUCAUCUAUUCACCUCUAGGUCACUCAGUGCUACCACUAGUUCAUCUCGGGUCUCGGUUCGCCGGUCCUCGGCCCUCAAGCAACCGCUCGCUCCUCCUAGUCUUCCCGCUCUCCAGUGCCCACAAAAUAUGAUUUCUAUCCGGAGGGCGCCUCGCGGUUCCGCCUUCUCGGCACAGUGAUUCACCUGUUGGUUUUGCUCUACUCUUUUACUAGUUUCCUCUCGCCAAAGGAUUUCCUCCUGUCUUGCUCUCAUACCGCAGCGGCACUCGCCGAAACAUCUGCUGAGGGGCACUGGUGACUCUUAAGAAUUAUUAUUCUCUGAAGAAAGUAUGACUUUAGAAGGAGACGAGAAAAAUGGGAACAGUGAUGAUUUAGAACCUGCUUUGGAGAGCAUUGGCCAAAAAGUGCGUUGGCAGUUUAUCUUAUUUCUACUAGUCAGCGCUCCAGGCGUUCUUAAUGCAAUCCACAUAUCCGUCUAUGUUUUUGUCACUCACAACUCGCCACAUUGGUGCACGAUUCCCGACUUGGAAAAUGCCAAUUGGACCUCCAGUCAAAUUAGAAGUUUCUCUAUCCCUGAAAACGUCAAAGACUGGAAUCAUAGCUGCACCUACUACAAUUGGAACUAUACACUCCUAGCACCCCUCGGCUUUGAUGAUGCGAAGGCUGCUGUCUCAACAGCUUCAAAACCCGAAAUAUUGGAGUGUAAAAAGAGAUCUUUUCUGGAAGAUGAACCAGAGUCCUCCAUUGAAAGUGAGUGGGAUCUUGUCUGUGAUCAAGGGUAUCUGAAGUCCGUGGUUCAGAGUGUCUUUGCUCUUGGUAAAUUUACGGGUGCCAUAAUUUUUGGAUUGUUUUCUUGCAGAUUUGGUCGAAAAAGAAGCUUUUCCUACGCUGCCUGGCUUUACAUGAUCUCAGUUCCUGCAAGCAAUUUUAUUUACUCCUUUCCACUUUUUCUUCUGUCACGAUAUUUGAUUGGUGUAGCAGGAGCGGGUGUUUAUGAAACUGCUUACACUAUUUUAUCAGAAUUUUUGGUGGGAAAAUGGAGAACUCGAUUUUGUACAUUAUUCAACAUCUCCUACCCUGUUGGAAUGAUGAUACUACCUCUAUUUGCAUACUACUCAGUUACUUGGCGAACCUUGCAGUUGUAUUUAACGCCUCUUGUUUUUGUACUUUUGUUGGAUUGCUGGCUUCUUCCUGAGUCCCCAAAAUGGCUUGUCGCAGAAAAAAGGAAUGCAGAAGCAUGGGCUGCUUUAAAAUGGGCAGAUCACUCCUUCCAGCCACCAUCAGGGAAGAACGAAAUCAAUAUAUAUGAGACACCAAAUAUUCGGAGAGAAUCAUUGCACUGGUACCAGCAGUUUGGUCGAACUGUCGAAAAGUUUACAUUUCUGUUCACCAACUUUGAGCUCUGCAAACGAACUCUUAUUAGCUACACCGGAUGGGGUGUUUGUGCUUUGGUAUAUUAUUCGCUCACUUUUAGCGGAGACAUUUUUGCUGCCAACAAGUACAUCUACAUUGCUUUGAAUGGAUUAAUAGAGGCUUUUGCAUAUCUGGCUCCUUCCAUUCUGUUAGCUCUAUGGGGACGAAAAGUUGUGUGUGCUUUUCUACUUGUUUGUUCCGGUAUUGCUCAAAUGUCAACGCUCAUAUUUCAUAGAGAUCAAACCAAUUACAUCGUAACUGCUGCACUGAUUGGCCGAUUUUCUGACAGUGCUGUGUUUUGCAUCAUGAUUUUAAUCACGUCUGAAAUUUUCCCCACUGCUCAGCGAAACACUGCUGUUGGAACAGGCUUGAUGAUGGCACAAGUUGGCUCCGUUGUAGCUCCAUUUUUUGUUGAUAUGCUGAGUAUGCAAGGAUGGUACAUUCCAAGUGUAAUUUUGGGUGGACUUUCUAUAGUCACUGCAUCACUGUUUUUACUGCUACCAGAGACCAAAAAUAAACCUUUGUUUAAUACCGUUGAUGAUAUCUCUCCUGAAGAUAGAGUAUCAUUUUCACAGUGUUGUCGUUACAGUUAAAACAAGGUGACAUUGAAGAAUCCUCAUUUGAGGUUGUUAAUUUUUAAUUUUGUGACAAGAAAAGGGUGUUCUUAACUUCAAAAAAUGUAAAUAUUAGAAGUUGAUUGCUGUAGCCAGACAUCAUUUCUUAUUUAUUGGCAGUUCUCAAUGCAUUUAUAUUUACAGUAGGGCAUUGUAGAAUAAAAUAUUCUUGUAAGGACCAAUAUUUUAGUUGGCAUUCUUACUACUUAAUGGUCUAAAUUCAAACUACUUCACUGUGGUAACUGAUGACAUUUAUUCUCUUUUAUAAAUCCUGAGGGUUCAACCUUUUUACUCCUUUCAGUCUACCUUUUACAUGAAGCUGAUUAAGUAAAUUUAAAGAAGAGCUGACCCCCGUUCAGUUCAUUUAUUGUAUUUCUCCAGAAUAGAUAAUACUAAAUCACGAUUCAAGAACUAAGAGACUAAUUUUAGAAUGAAAUCUGUUGUUUGACUUCAUGAUCAAAAAUUGUAUCCUACUUAACUGUAAUUAGACUAUUUCCAAUGUUGAUCAAUAUGAACGGGAAAUGACAUAACCAGUCCAUCAGUAUUUGACAAGCCAUUGAAUACCUAUUGAUGGAAAUAGACUGGCGGUUGCAUUAUUUCUGGUCUUUUUUGGGAAAUCUAUUGAAAGUGUGACCAAGGCUUGGUGUUUUUUUUUAAGUUCUGUGAAAAAUUAUCGGGACAACUAUUGUCGCUUGGCCUCUCCAAAGUUUUAUUUACUACUUACAAAGUUUUACCAAUAUGAUUCCUGAGUCCUUGAUUUGUUGCUGUGAAUUACCAAAAUAAAAUAAUUGACUCCUAAAGUGUGACAUAAUAUCUGGUGUCCACUUUCAGUGAUAAAAUUCAUACCAAAAAAAACUUUAAUGUAUGAAAUGUAAAUGUGUAUUUACAAGAAACAAGAUGGUGAACCUGCCAUCUCAUUCUAAAAGUCUCCAAACGUUUUUAGCAUUGAUUUUAUUGAAAGUUCAGGUGCAAUGGGUCAGUUGUGCUAGUCAUAAAAUCUUGUUUUAAUGAUAUAAGUUGAUAAACUAGCAAAAAUUAAUGAGAUCUAUCCAAUUUCCAAGGUUCUACGUUCAGUAUCAACGGAGAUAUCGCUCAUUGGAAAACAUGGUGUAUGACAUCAUCCACCGUGCAUACUGUGAUUUUUUCUACCUUAGUUUCAUCUUUGUUUUACUUCAAGCAACCAGGCCAUUUGCGCAUUUUGAUUAAUGAAAACAAGGAGGAAAAAACAACGACAUGCACUGCCACAGAGGAUAACAUCAUGUUUUUCGAUGUGUGAUAUGUCUGUUAAUGUUGAAUGUAGAAACUUGGCGUUUAAUCAGAUCUCAUUUUUUUGUUUUUAACUUUUAAGCCUAAACAAUCAAUACACAAUUCAGUAAUCAGCGUCACUGACCUAUUUGGCAGUGCGUUGCAAAAGGGAACCACUCACUUUGAGAAAUGAGAGAUUUCUUCUUAAUCUGUCGAAAGAAAUCUCCAUAAAAGAUGGUGUGAAACGAUUCCUUUUUUUCUGAAAUAAGUGUCUUUCUUGGGAAGUCACUAAGGAAUCAACUGAUCACGUGAUUCACAUCUGUAAUUUAAUUUAGCUUUUAGUCCGGUUGGCAGGAAGGAAACAGCAAACAAAAAAUGAAAAAUAGAAACUCUUUUUUUGGCCAAAUUCAGUUUCUUUGCUGGCAAAUAUGAGAGAUUAUAGUCUAUUUAUAAAUCAUUUAAAAGAAGUUUGUGAUAACAAUACGUAAAUGCAAAAAUCCACCAACUGUAAUUACUGAUCAGACUAGUUACUGUCAAAACCUAGCUCUCUCUCACUGUCUUAUUAGGAACAUCUCAAUCCUCAUCCUUUCUAGACAGCAAAAACCAGUUUUUAAUCUUCUGUCUCUAAUCAUGAAAUUUGAAGGGAAAAAAUAAGCCCAUAUAAUCUUAUCUUAACUUAUUUUUACGGUGAUUUGUAUUUAACUCAGGGAAAAUAAUCCUUUUUUUUUUAAUUUAUUCCUUGUAUUUUGAGUGGAAAACAGGGUAGAAGAACCGAAGUUCUUGUAUUGAUUUGACAACUAUCAUCAGGUUCUCUCCUUAGAAUGACCGAGUUACAUUUUGAGUAGAAAAUUUGACUGUUUUAUUCUAACUACAUUGUAUUGUUAGUCCCAUUUUCCUUGUUGUUCUCUUCGUUUUAGAAUCUCUUUAUAAAAUGUUUGAAUUUUAUAAUAAAACAUUUUGUAUGUUUCCUAUUAAA